AUGAAAAUCAAAUUCUUAACAGUUGCACUUACUAUCUUAGUUUGUUCAUCAGAAUUAAUUUUUGGACAAACCGCAGAUGGUAAAUGUGGAGCGACAGGAGGCAAUCAAAAUUGCGGUACUCAAUUUUGUUGUUCGCAAUUUGGAUUUUGCGGAACUACAGUAGACCAUUGCGGUACAGGAUGUCAGCCAAGUUUUGGAAAAUGCGGAACAGGUACAGCACCACCCGCUAACUCCACAACACCCACUAAUCCAGGAACCUCCACCCCUGCCGUCGAUAUUACCACUUGUUCAAAAAGUGGUACCGUAGCCAUUACAUUCGAUGAUGGUCCUUCUCAAUUCACAAGUACUCUAUUAGAUAAAUUGAAAGCCGAUAAUUUUAAAGCAACAUUUUUUAUUAACGGAAAUAAUGGUGGAUGUAUUUACGAUAAUGCAGAAGUAGUAAAACGUGCAUUCAAUGAAGGACAUCAAAUAGCCAGUCAUACAUGGUCACAUCAAGAUCUUGCAACCCUUAAUAAAGAUCAAAUUAAAUAUCAAAUGAAAAAGCUUGAAGAAGCACUCGUAAAAAUUCUUGGAGUUAAACCAAUAUAUAUGCGUCCACCAUUUGGAUCGGGAGUUGACAAGCCCUUGGUCAUGUCCACAUUAGGAGAAUUAGGAUAUAAAGUAGUAACUUGGGAUACUGAUACAAAUGAUUGGCAAGGCAGAACUACCUCACAAUGUUUAAAUGAAUAUAGAAAUGCUUCUCCACCACCAAAUUCUCAUAUCGUUUUAAACCACGACACCAUUAAGAAUACUGCUACUAAUAUGGCUCCUCAAGCUUUCAAAAUCAUGAAAAGUAGAGGGUUCAAGAUUAAUACAGUUGGUGAAUGUUUGGGUGUUACUGAUCCAGCUAAAUGGUACAUAAAAGUUGGAGCUCCACAGACAAGAGAUAAUACUUGGGUUUGUAAAGAUUCUGAUAUUACCGGUCCAUAA